CAUAGUCUCGGAUGCCGUGGCGGCCUGGCCGAGGGUUUGUCGCUUUGCAAUCAAUGAUUCCGGAACAGGUGCGGUCUGACCCGGGGUUUAGGUCCCGGGGGUUAAACAGACCCGGGUCCGGUAGCGCGGGGAGCCAAUCAUGGCCGAGGCUGCUUAGCAUAAGCCCGGAUUGCUGAGAGGUUCAUCUUGCCUACCUUACAUAGACAUCCAGAGAAAGAAUGGAAUAGAGUCUUAGUUUAUGGGCAUAAAUAGGAGAUGGAGUCCCUGGUGGUUACUGCAUGCAUUCUGGUCUUGCGAUUUCGUCUCACGUCGUCCUUUGAUCGUCUGUGAAGUAAGUGAGUGGUCACUGCUGUCAGUAUAUCGCAUCUCAAAGCUCUGAAAAGCCACUUGGACCAUGUACAUUCCCUACGACAAGACGGAAAGCCUCGAACAGCACUCGAUCGCUCAGAUGCCCAAUCUCAGCAGCAUGUGGCUCAACAUUGACAACUCCGAACAAAGCAAGACGGUGCAUCAGCCCGUCGGAGACAACCGCACUAAGAUCGUCGCCGUGCUAUCUCCUGGGCGCAACGUUCUGACCAUUGCCCGCUCCUCUAGUACGGGUAAGAUUGGACCUGACCCACGCCCCCCUCAUCCAGGCACCGCCUCUCCACCUCGCCAUCGUGGUCCCAAAAGACAGCCCCCUGCUCAUCGACUACCCGCCCGCCGCUCGUUCCGGCUGGAGGAGGAGUGGACCGCCGACACGACGAGCUGCGGGUUCCUCGACGGUCUACACGAAGCCGCUCUCUUCGAAAGCAGGGAGAUGCGCUCGUCCGCCAGGGUCCACGUCGUCCGGUCCGACAAGACGACGGCGCAGAUCCGGGACGCCGAGGUCGCGCGGCAGAACGAGUCGGCCCAGUAUAUGGACAAGCUCUUUGACUCCCUCCACGAGGCCCUCGCCGCUCACGGGGUACCCUUCGACGCCUCGUCGCGCCCCAUCGUGGCCGGUCUGGUUAUCGACUCGCACUUCUCGGCCAACCAGAACCUCGCGCUGGGCUACGCAGCGCUCGAGAAAGGGAACGGGGCCAACGACGACGGCGACGAUGACUUCUGGGCCUGGGCACGCGUCAACUGCGGUCCGAGGGUGGAGAGGUGGAAUGUAGGCGAAGCGCACGUGUAUGGCGGCCACGCGUCUGAGGAGGUCCAUGUCCUGGAGGGCGAGGAGAUUGUCAGGGUUGAGGUGGCGAGGGACGACGAACCGCAAGCAUACGAGCGCAUCGUCAGGUUUUCGGACCGCAGCUGUUGGGGCCAAAACUGCGACGGCCUGGUCGAGUUCGGAAUCACCACGGCGCCCAAGGGCUUUGAGCUCCCCGACGCGCCGGAGGAGAUCGAGUAA